UCUAUACACUUCUUCUCACCACACAGAACUCAGUACUCUCUUUCUUUCUAUCUCUAGUUGCUUCAGUCAGUCGUGAUUUUCUUUUUUUCUUCUUUUCCUGGUUAAUUUUCCGUCAGAAAUAGAUAGGCAAAAUGGUUGAAGAAAGGAGUAAGUUAAGCACGACGGUGAUGAUUUUCUCUCUUCUCCUAAUGCUGGUUAUUUUGCUCGGAGAAAACCAUGCUGCAGCAAGCAUAAUUGAAACACCAAGUCCAACUCCACAGCCACAACCCAUUAACAACACUUCUCCAAUGUAUGGCACAACUCAGGGUAGUCUUCAACCUCAAGAGUGUGGAGGGCGGUGUAGCACAAGGUGCUCAAAGACAAGAUUCAAGAAGCCAUGCAUGUUCUUCUGUCAAAAGUGCUGUGCCAAAUGCCUGUGUGUGCCUCCAGGAACCUACGGGAACAAGCAACUCUGCCCUUGCUACAACAAUUGGAAGACCAAGCGAGGAGGACCCAAGUGCCCUUAACUUAUUUCCCCUUUAAUUAAUUUUAAUUAAUUUUACUUAAUUACCCUCUAAUCACUCCACUUGUAUUUAUAAUUACAUCAUUAUAUUUGCAAUGGUUAUUAUUAUUUUGUUAUUGUUCGUAAUUUAAUUCAAUGAUAUUCUAUUUUAAUUCAA